AUGCUCCGCCCCGCCCGUGACGUCCCUCUGCCCAAGCUUCCUGCCGACAACUGGCUUCUUGUCAAAACCAAGGCCGUGGCCCUGAACCCAACUGACUGGAAGAGCAUUGAGUGGUCGACAGCGCCAGGCGCUCUUGCUGGGUGUGACUAUGCUGGUGUAGUCGAGGAGGUCGGCAAGGCUGUUACCGACUACAAGGUUGGAGACCGAAUUGCUGGAUUUGUUCGCGGAGGUGACCCUGCUGAUCAUUCCAACGGCGCUUUCGCCGAACACAUCAAGGCAAAGACUGGAAUCAACCUCAAGAUUCCUGACAACAUGUCCUUCGAGGAUGCAUCUACUUUGGGUGUAGGAAUCACAACCGUAGCUCAAGGUUUGUACCAGGAGCUUGGUCUACCACUGCCGCCCGCCAAGGUGCAAGAACCAACCACAGUUCUCAUCUACGGCGGCUCUACCGCGACAGGAACACUCGCCAUUCAGUACGCGAAGGCGUCAGGCUGCGAGGUUAUCACGACAUCCUCACCGCACAACUUCGACAUGCUCCGCAAGCUCGGCGCCGACCAGGUCUUCAACUACAAAGAUGCCGAUGUUGGUGCCCAGAUCCGCAAAGCUACCAACGACAAGCUGAAGCUGGCUUUCGAUUGCAUUGCUGAAGGAAACUCGUUUGAUAUAACCGCUGCUGCCAUCAGCUCCAGUGGUGGUCACAUGUCUGCUCUUCUGCCAGUCAAGAACUACCCGAGAAGUGACGUCAAGACCAAAUUCACCUUUGCCUACACCGCGCUCGGUGAAAAGUUCAAUGAGAACGUCGGCGCCAGCCAGGAAGAUUAUGAGUUUGGUGCCAAGUUCUGGAAGCAGGCCGAGGAGUGGCUCAACAGUGGCAAGAUCAAGACUCACCCGGCUGAGGUCAGGAAUGGGCUGGCCGGCGUUCCACAGGGCUUGCAAGAUUUGAAGGAUAACAAGGUAUCAGGCGUAAAGCUUGUGUACAAGGUUGAGUAG